AAGUAGUGCAAAUCCAACGGCGAGUUUCCCUUAAGACAUUGCUGCUACUAGUGGUACCUUUGUUGCAAAGAAGUACCGUUUAAGCGUUCCAUAGUUCUAGGCUUUUGGUGCAACCAUACAAAAUGGCCGACGCGACCGGUGGCGAUAGCUCAGCUCCAGCGGCUCCGGUGCUUCCACCUGUUGCCAUGACAACACCGGAGGCGGUCAAGGCCGCGGAGAAGGCCGCUGUAGGAGUGCAUAAAAAGAUCAACCUCGCAGCUGCCCCUAUACGACAAUACCUGGAGGCCACCGUUGUGCCCGUGCUGAUGCAGGGCAUGCAGGCGCUGUGCAAGGAGCGGCCGGACAACCCCGUGGAGUACCUGGCCUACUACCUGCUCUCACACAACCCGGAACCCAACACCAAGCCGCUGCCGGGAGGGGCAGCAGCAGGAGGGGAGGCGGCGGCGAAGGCAGAUUGAUGAGGGCGCGUCCGCGUGUGUGGUCGUUGAGCGUUUUGUUGAGUUGUUGAGUUCUUGGAAAUCUGUUUGUUGCAGAUCGACGGGAGUCAUUUGCUUGGAAGGCACUAUGGCCUGGGAGGGAAGCAGGCGUCUGGAUUCUGGACGGUAAGGGCGACUUUGAUUCGCCGGUGUGUGAUACCAGAGGGGAGGGAGGCUGCAGAGCGUGUAUUGAGAUACCGUAGCGGUAUGUCGACAUGGGGUCCAUGUUCGUAAGAGGUACCCUUGUCGCCGCUUUUGUGCGGUUUGUAGGUUGACAGUACGACAGUACCCUCGGUAGAGCUCUGAAAAUGAAAGUCUAGCUGCUUACUGCAGGUGGGACUAUGUGUUGACGCACCCUCUGCAGUUGGUUUAUUAGGAGGGCGUCCCACACCCUGGACUGGGGACUGUGAGAAAGCGACACGGCGGUAUGGCGCUAUGGUGUUCCUUGUGUUGGUGCAUGGCAUUGGCGGAGGUACGGUAGGCAUCGCUUGGCGUUGCAUGCAAAAUGUGUAUUGUUCCGGUAUUGCUGGAGGAAGGGUG